AUGCCAACCUUCCGGACAAGACCUACGAUUGCCCUCGCCAUACUCGCCUCCCUCACUCACACCGUCUCCGCGCAUGGAGGCCAUGACCACAUCCCCGAAGGCAAGGUCAUCAGCGCUGAGCCCAUCGAUACAACACUCUGGAUCCAUAUCUUAAUACAAUGCACGGCAUGGGGCAUCAUCAUGCCUACGGGAAUGGUGCUCGGCUUGAUCCGCUCGCGAUGGCAUGUGCCUACCCAGGUCCUUGGGGCGUUAAUAGCGAUACCAGGCUACUUCAUGGGGCACAUGCACAAGGGACGACAGUUUGGGAAGAACGCUCAUGCUGGCUUCGCGAACUGGCUGAUGUUGAUGUUGAUCGUUCAGUUGAGCAUGGGCGUGAUACUAAAGCUACACAUUGAGCGAGGGUUUCUAGGAAGAGUACGGGGCUGGGUGGUAAAGGGCCAUGGAUUCCUUGGAUGUGCUAUGCCUAUCGCGACAUGGGUGCAAUUCGUGUUUGGUGGCAUCGCGGCACAAGGCUUCUGUCAAGGCGAACAUACCGGACAAUGCGCAGCUCAUUUCAUCAUGGGCUCGGCUUUCAUCGCCUACGGGAUCGUGCUCACGACCCUUCUGCUGAACGGACAAGCGCUUCUGGCACGCUCGGGCAGAAGUCAGGAGUUCUUCGACAGCCUGGUCAUCAGCUUGUGGGGCUGCGUCAACACCUUUACAGAACACCGAUGGGGUCACGCGUGGGUGAAGAACGACUUCCAACACACGAGCAUGGGCGUCAUCUGGUGGGCGGCAGGUUUGGUAGGCGUAUGGCUCUCGCGCGACCGCGCCGGACGUCCAAGGCGUAAUUUGAUCCCUGGCAUCGUUAUCAUCAUGACUGGAUGGGGCAUGUCCGGACAUCCACAAGAUCUGCAUCUCUCGACAGAGGUCCACAAGACUUUCGGCUACACUCUGAUGCUAGCCGGUCUCACCAGGAUCAUCGAGAUCUCAUUCGUUCUCAAAGACAAGAACACCCUCAUUGGACCUGAAGGUGGAGACGUGGACGAGGAGAUCCACAGCUUUCAAUACAUUCCAGUCUACCUGCUCUACGCAUCUGGCUUCCUCUUCAUGGGCGCCACCGAAGAGCAGAUGGCGGUGCUCAGCGCGGCUAACGUGACGCACGUUAGCUACAUUCUUAUUCUGUUUAGCAUGGCGUUUCUGCUAUUCUUCUUCGUUCUCAUGCUACUCCAUCUGUACUCCGCGCACAUGGAUCCGAACAAAGCCAACAAGCCGUCGAAACUCAAUGGCACAAACGGGCCUUCACGAGCCUUGCCAAACGGUCACGCGAGAGGCCACAGCGCAGCAGAAAGGCAGCUGAGGGAUGUACAGGAGUUUGAGCUUGAAGCACUUAUGAGUGAUGAGGAGGACGCGGAAAGCGUGAAGAUGAAUGGAAGACAUGGUUGA